AUGCUCGCUACCAAAAGCUCAAUAUGCAACCGAUCAACCGACCAAGAAAAGAAGUGGAAGCCUAAAGCUCUGCAAGAUGAUGAACCUCAGAAAGAGGAUGAGAUCCGGAGCCUCCAAGCCCAGAUGCAAGAGCUACAACAGCAACUGGUAGUAUACUGUAGAAUUUUGCGGCGAACACAGGCUGAUGUUAAACUGCAGGCCCAGUACAAACAAGCAAUAGACAGCGCAUCUGUUGUGCCCGCAGCGGCGCCCCAAGCAGACUUCCAAGAUGACCUCGCUCAAGUCAGAAAGAUACGCCACUCUCUUAAACUGCCGCCCCUACAGCAGACGAUGCACAUGAUUGGCGUCUAUCUAAAUACUGUUAACUCGUUAUUGCCCCUCUUUCAUUCCGACACUCUUCUACGACUCGUUGGAGAGACGUAUGCUCUCGAACCGAAGCAGCGCGACCCCGUCGUCUGGGCCGCGAUCAAUGUCGUGCUAGCCUUGGCACUGCAGCAGAUGCCCGAGAGCAAUAAUGUUGGGACUCCUUAUGGCACUACAGAAAGCUAUCUGAGCCACGCCCAAUCGGUUCUGUGGGCCAUAACGCUCAGCCAGACUCAGCUCAUCAACAUUCAGACACUGAUUGGAAUGGCUAUGCUGCUGCAAACUGGACACGACUCUACGCCGGCCUUGGUCUUGAUCUCAACAGCGAUGCGUCUCAUACACAAGAUCGGUCUACAUAACCGUGCAUAUUCUGCACAUCUCGAUCCCGUUGAAAGACAACAACAUGCUCGCGUCUUCUGGCUGGCAUACAUCGUUGAUAAGGAUCUCAGUCUCCGCGCCCAGCAGCCGUCUAUCCAAAACGACGAGGACAUCGAUCGUGACUUCCCGAUGUCAUUCAGCACUGUUACCAGCGGUGACUCUAAAGCUGGUAUAGUCACGACCGUUGACGGUAGCACCACCAUGGACUAUUUCCUCGCUCGAGUCCAGCUUGCUAGUAUCCAGGGUGACAUCUACGACCACCUCUAUUCAACUCGCGCCUGGAAACGGACACCCGAAGAACGAAGGUUGAAAAGAGAGAAUAUCGUGCUCGCACUGAACAAUUGGAAAGCAUCAGUGCCAUCAGACUUCGGCGCUGCGGAUGUCAUUACAACUACGAGUAACAACCCCUCAGUUGCUGCUUUCUUCUGUAUCCUCCAUACAAAUAGUCUUCUAUCGUUGAUGUUAAUCACGAGGGCACAUGCUUGGGAUGAGCAAUGGGUCGGUGUUCUGCGUGAUCAUGGCAGAGGAUUGGGCACAUCACAACUACCAAGCGAUUGGAACUCAAUGGUAGGGCAGGCGCGAGACUUCAUGAUCUUAUUCGAGUACGUUGUGCCUAGAUAUUGCUGGUUAAAAUGGGUCUCGACUUGUACCUACAUUUCUUCAAUGGUGCUUCUGACUGCCAAUAACCUACAUGACCUCCAGCACGCGGACUUUGAGCGGGAUAGCAACCUUAUUGAGAAAGCUCUCGCAUGGUUCGGAGAAAUGGCUAAAGAGUUGCCGUCGCGAAAGACAGAAGUACUAGAAAACAUCUGCGUCGAAGCAGUUGAAGCGAUGAAGACUCGACGUGCUCAUGAGAUUGACGUGAAGUUUGGGGGUGAUUGGCUCAUUGGGUUCCUCAACAGUCUGGAGCCUUCUUGA